AUGAAAGAGCUUGUUGAGGAAAUAGAGGCUUUCCGAACAGAUAUAAAAAGAGACCUCAGGCUCGACGAUGCUUUUCUGACAGACCAGGCAAUAAUUGAUGCUAUCGGCAACUGGGAGAUCUUUUCGAAGAUAAUAAGUAGGGACUCGGAGAAGGAAAACAAUCUGAAGAUAUUCGGCGAUUCCAUGGAAAGGAUAAGUAUCAAUGACCCUGAGUCAGAAGCGUAUGCUUUGGUAGAGAAGCUCAAAAGAAUGCAUCAUCAGAAUUGA